GCCCAGGUACCGGAGGCCCAGGGAGAAGCCCGGCCGAGUUUCCAGAGGACCGAACUGGGCGCGCGGGGUGGCGGCGGCGCAGGUCUCCUGGCCGAGCCCCCACUUCUGGCUGCUCAUGCCACUGGGACUGGGGCGGCGGAAAAAGGCGCCACCUCUGGUGGAAAAUGAAGAGGCGGAGCCAGGCCGCAGCGGACUGGGAGUUGGGGAGCCUGGGCCUCUUGGUGGAAGCGGAGCAGGGGAGUCCCAGAUGGGCUUACCCCCACCUCCUGCUGCCCUCCGGCCUCGCCUUGUAUUCCACACCCAGCUGGCUCAUGGUAGUCCCACGGGCCGCAUCGAGGGCUUCACCAAUGUCAAGGAGCUGUAUGGCAAGAUUGCUGAGGCCUUCCGACUACCAGCUGCUGAGGUGAUGUUCUGCACCCUCAACACCCAUAAAGUGGAUAUGGACAAGCUCCUGGGAGGCCAGAUCGGGCUGGAGGACUUCAUCUUUGCCCACGUUAAGGGGCAGCGCAAAGAAGUGGAAGUAUUCAAGUCUGAGGAGGCACUGGGGCUCACCAUCACUGACAACGGGGCCGGCUAUGCCUUCAUUAAGCGCAUCAAGGAAGGCAGUGUGAUUGACCACAUCCAGCUCAUCAGCGUAGGUGACAUGAUUGAAGCCAUCAAUGGGCAGAGCCUGCUGGGCUGUCGGCACUAUGAAGUUGCCAGGCUCCUCAAGGAACUUCCCCGAGGCCGCACCUUCACCCUGAAACUCACAGAGCCUCGAAAAGCCUUUGAUAUGAUCAGCCAGCGUUCAGCGGGUGGCCACCCUGGCUCGGGCCCUCAACUGAGCACUGGCCGAGGGACCCUCAGACUCCGAUCCCGGGGUCCUGCCACAGUGGAGGAUCUGCCGUCGGCCUUCGAGGAGAAAGCCAUUGAGAAGGUGGAUGACUUGCUAGAGAGCUACAUGGGGAUCAGAGACACAGAACUGGCUGCAACCAUGGUGGAGCUGGGAAAGGACAAGAGGAACCCAGACGAACUGGCAGAGGCUCUGGACGAACGGCUUGGUGACUUCGCAUUCCCCGACGAAUUCGUCUUUGAUGUCUGGGGGGCCAUCGGGGAUGCCAAGGUUGGCCGCUACUAAGACUGGAACUGAACCUGGACCUUGAGAUAACCUGGGCUUGACCUCCAGAAGGGGUCCCACAGCCAAGACCUGAGCAUCCAGCUUGGGCACAUAACCCAGCAGCCUGGGGAUGGCAUGGGUUAGAAGUGGCCUGUGGUCCUGACUGCACUCCGAUCACCAAGGUGCCCAGCCUGGUUGGGGUUCCCGGCCACCCCCUGGCGGGUUCCCCACCUACCUCAGCAGAGUUAAGCGUGUGGGGAGGGAUGAGCACACUGGGCAACCAACCACCUCUGUCUGUCCCCAACACUUUCCACUGUCAGCUGGCAAACUGCCCCUUCCUGUCUCCUGGGCCGCAGUUCUGUUUUAGGUUUCCCUACUCUACUUUUUUGCUUUGUUUUUCAAGACAGGAGUCUGAUGAUGUGGCUCUGGCUGUCCUGAAACUCACUCUGUAGACCAGGCUGGCCUUGAAUGCACAGAGAUCCUCCUGCAGCUGCCUCCCGAGUCCUGGGAUUAAAGGUGU